AUUCACUCACUCAACCAAACCACGUUUUCCCCCUCUCUUCCCCAUUCUUAGUUGACCAGAAAACGCGAGGAAACCAUGGAUGUUGAUCUGACCCCAAAGCUCCCCAAGAAUGUCUGCGGAGGCGACGGUGGCUCCUACCAAGCCUGGUGCCCCGAUGACCUCGGCAUGCUCAAGCGCGGCAACAUCGGCGCCGCCAAGCUCGGCCUUCAGAAGAACGGACUUGCUCUCCCUCGCUAUUCCGAUUCCGCUAAGGUCGCCUAUGUUCUCCAAGGUAAUGGAGUGGCCGGAAUUGUUCUCCCGGAGAAGGACGAGAAGGUGAUCGGGAUCAGGAAGGGUGACGCCAUUGCGCUCCCUUUCGGCGCGGUGACCUGGUGGUACAACAAGGAAGACGCUGAGCUGGUCGUCCUGUUCUUGGGCGACACCUCGAAGGGCCACAAUGCAGGUUCCUUCACCGAUUUCUACCUCACAGGGACCAACGGCAUCUUCACCGGCUUCUCCAGCGAGUUUGUUUCUCGGGCGUGGGAUGUGGACGAGAGCACCGUCAAGGCGCUCGUUGGCAGCCAAUCCGGAAAAGGGAUCGUCAAGCUCGAUGGUUCGAUUAAGCUCCCCGACCCGAAAAAGGAGGACCGUGACCGCCUGGUCUACAACUGCGAGGAGGCUCCUCUUGAUGUAGACAUCAAGAACGGAGGAAGGGUGGUGGUGCUUAACACCAAGAACCUCCCCUUGGUUGCCGAGAUUGGGCUUGGUGCCGAUCUCGUGAAGCUGGAUGGUGGCGCCAUGUGCUCCCCUGGUUUCUCUUGUGAUUCUGCCUUGCAGGUGACUUACAUUGUGAGUGGAAGCGGCAGGGUCCAGGUUGUGGGUGUGGAUGGCAAGAGGGUGUUGGAGACUACCGUCAAGGCUGGCCAAUUGUUCAUUGUACCCAGGUUCUUUGUUGUUUCGAAGAUCUGCGAUCCUGAUGGAAUGUCUUGGUUCUCAAUCAUCACCACUCCAAACCCGAUUUUCACCCACUUGGCUGGACGGACCUCGGUGUGGAAGGCACUGUCGCCGGCGGUGCUGGAGGCGUCUUUCAAGGUGUCGUCGGAGGUUGAGAAGAAGUUCAGGGGAACUAGGACUUCUGAUGAGAUUUUCUUCCCACCGUCCAAGUGAGCGAGCGAGCUUCUGCGAGCCGUAGGCAGAGAAGAGAUAGACCUGCUGAACAUUAGCGCGUGUCUCUGCCGAUCAAUCGUUUGCCAUGAGUAUAAAUAAAGAUAGGAAUCAGUAAAUUGUUAGGCUUUUGUUUUUUCUAUUAUUGUUUCGGUUUCCUACUCUGUUUGCUACAGUAGGGUUUCGGGUCCAGAUUUUGCUGUCUGUUCGGAUUUGACAAUUGAUUGGGAUUCUCGGUGAUAUUGUGCAUCAUUUCCAUAUCUGUUCUAUACUUUUACAACUCGUUUCUAUUUUGUUUUAGUGAGGAACAAAGAUAAUCUCUUUUUCUACCAAAAAAGAGAAUCUAUUUAACCAUAUCAUUGCACCGUACAUAGGCUGCAAAUGAGCCGAAUUGCUCGCGAGCGGCUCGACGUUCGACCCGAGAAAAGCUUGUUCGAAACUCGACUUGUUAAUAAACAAACCGAACAUGAAAUUCUCGGUGAUAUUGUGUAUCAUUUCCAUAUCUGUUCUAUACUUUUACAACUCGUUUCUAUUUUGUUUUAGUGAGGAACAAAGAUAAUCUCUUUUUCUACCAAAAAAGAGAAUCUAUUUAACCAUACCAUUGCGCCACCGUACACAAGGAAGAUACAUAAUAAUUGCAUAUUAGUAUACUAGCGUGGCCCCGGCCAGUUGGCCGGAGGAAGUUUUUUUUUUUUUUUUGACAAAGUGGCCGGAGGAAGUUGAAGUAUGAAAUUUGAUAAUCUAACGGGGUGUAUAGCUUAUUGUUGUAUAGUUUUUUUUUUGGAAACUCGUGAUAAAAAUAGUGAAUUUUAGCAGGAUAGAGACAUGAAUGAUGCAAUGAAUAAAAAAUCGGCCUUAUGAACCAAAAUCAAGUACAUGUUACAUUGUGAAACAAUAUUGUUUCUGGUAAUAUGAUGAGGUGGAGUAAGUUUUAUAGAAACUGAAUUCCAGAAAAUUGAAUAAAAAAUCGCCUAUCCCGUCGGUUUUCGGGAAAUGAGCAUCUCACAAUCGUUGCUAGCUUUUACUCGGCCCGUUGGUCGAUUAAUUUGCUUUAUAGAACUUUCAUCUUGUCUUCAUUGUGCUUUCUGAUUUUUGUUAGGCCAUGAUAAAAUCUAAGAAAAUCAAGAACGAACAACACGAUUUGGGAUAGGAACCGCCGUUGUCGUAUCCCUAAAAAAUGGUGGUAAACACAGACUCACCUGCCAAACUGGUUUGGAUUGAGAUUUUUAUCGGGUAUCAGGGAACCAUGUGAUUAUAAAUUAGACUUGAUCAAAAUGGGCCAAAACUUGAAAUUCAGCAUGUUUGACUGACCCAUGCCAAAUUCUAAUUAUUCUUUACUUUUAAACUUUCUAUUUAAAAAUAAAAAAUAGUGAAAGCGACCUAUUUCAAACAAUCAAUCAAUGAUUCCUCGUUUUAAGAUAGAAAUAGGUUGUGACAAUUGUAAAAACCAUAAACCUAAAGAUCCAAUAGCCACCACUCUCCGUUGUACAACCAAAUUUCUAUCUCAAGAGGCAUAUAUUCAACCAAAAAUUCAAUUUUUAAUCCUCCUUCUACAACUCCAGUUAUUGAUGAACUCCAUUCUAUUCACCAAGGAUUGAUAUCGGAGUUGAAAUCUUCUACUCGCCCAGUUUAAAAUCCCCAACAAUAAAACCGUAGUGCCAAGAGAUACCUGAAGAUUGAUUUUCAAUGACAGUCUUGUACUGGGAAGUGAAAGGCGCAAAAUAUUGCACGAAGGAUGAAAUUUCGGAGGAAGUUAGAAAGAGAAAAGAAAAAAGAUAAAAAAUCACAAAAUUUAAAUUGAAAAAUGCAAGGAUACAACACGUAGUUACAUAAUUAGUUUCUUCCAUGUUAGCCAAUUAGCCAUUUACCUUUAGCAAAAAUUAAGGAGAGAGCGGGAAUUUAAAAUUGAGAAAAUUACAUGAAACUCUACUAUAAAAAUAGAAGUAUCAAGCUCGAUAAAAAUACAUACGGUAGACUUAGUGAGCUUCCUAAUUAUGAUGAAAAAGUCCUCUGAUUUUCAGAGAUUAACUUUAUCUAUGUUUUGUAUCAAAAAGGAUACAAUAAAUUUGUUUAGUGUAAUUGGUUGUAAUUGUUAUCUUUGUUUGAAGAGACCCGGGUUCAAAUCUUGAUAUUGCUAUUUUUAUAUGAAAUAAAUAAAUGUGUAAAGACAAAAAUGACCUUCCUACUUUCACUCUCAUUGGAGGAAAUUUGAAAUGGAGAAAAGUACACAAAACUCUACCAUAUAUUAAUGGAGGAUGUGUAGAUUACUCUAGAGGCUUAAGGCUACCUACAUGUAGCCCACAUAUAAUGAAGAGACAAUCUCCUCGGGCCCAAAGUCCGCAAUCCAAUUUCUCUUGGAAUUUCUAAACACGCAUCCAAUGAAGGACGUCUGCUUCCAUCCACAUUGGGCUUCAACCACCCGCUUCAGGUUUUUGUCAAAUGGGACCUCUAUUCUCAAUCUCUUGUUAAAAUUUUGUUUUUACCCGACUCGGUUGAAUUUUGUUUUAUUUUCUGCUGUCCAAUUUUUGCAUAUAUUUCAGUAAGUUGAGAUUUUUUUGGAAAUGAUUAAUUUUGUUAUUUCAAAGUAAUUUUUAUGGUAUUUGUUGAUUAUGACAUUAGUGGUAGUUAGUUAAUAUGUAUUUUUUAUUAAGUCGUCCUAGUUUACUGUUGUGUAUGUUUUUUUCUUCUUCAUAUAUUUGGAAAAAAAAAAAAUUGGACUUCUUAUCGUCGAAUAUGAAUUUAGAGUUAGAAGGAAAUAUGUGUCAUUUAGAAUUGGUAGGAAUUGAAUGUAUAUAAAAAAUUAAAAAGAACAUCGAAAAGGUUAUGUCUAGAAAUCUCAAAUAUAGAAGAACAUAAAAAAAUAAUGUUAACUUUAUAAACUAUUAUAAUUUAGUGUAUAUGCUUGUUUGAUUAAUAAGUUGACAUCUUAAGUGUUAGAUACUAAUGCACACAUAAUAGUUAAGCAAAUCCAAACAUUAUAAAACCCUAAAUUCUACUCUACCAAUAGUCCAAUACGAUCUUUUACCUUUCAUGUGGAGUUAACAACAUAAAUUGUCACUCUAUUAUUCAUUAUUCUCAAAUCUAUCUCUCUACUAUUUUUCACAUCAGACAUGUCAUCGUACUAUAUAGUAUAUAUGUAUUAUCAAACAUUCCCUUUGUUAGAAUUUCUGAUAAAAUUAUAUUAAUGCGGUCGAUUCACGGUUGGACCGGUCGAAAUGACAAAUUGAAUUUGCCCCUUUUUAUGGUUUAUCUUCUCCGUCUACAACUCCAAAUAAUUAAUAACCAUAAUCUCAUCCUCCAGCCGUUCUACUUUCUCUUCCUCCAACACAACAACAAUUAAACGCAAAAUCUUUUGUUUAUCAUGGAAAAGCUUGAAGACCGACAUUUGAAUUUCAAGCAAACUUUCUGAAAGUCCUCAAUUAUUGAUCGAUUUGAGUCAAUCAUCAAAAUUGGAACCCAAUUUUUUUUAGAAUAUCCUGAUUUUGAAGUAUCAAAGGUUGUCAACCGGUUUAGCCCGUUGGCCCGGUCGAGUAAGUGGGUUGAAGGUUAAUGGUCCAAUAAUUUUAGUCGACUUUUGCCCGGGUAUAUGAAAAGUCACUAUAUUGUUCAAACUAGGACUGGACAAUCGGUUAGCGGUUAACCGACCGGUUACAACCAAAAUCAGUCGGUUAUCCACUAAUUGAAAACCGAGAUAACCAAAAAUUGGUCAGUAUUCGGAGGGGAGGGCGAGAUGCUUUUGGUCUUGAGGGCAGCUCGGUUAACCGAAAGCCGAGAUAACCGAAGCCUUAAGGCCUCUUUUCGAUCGGUGGUGGUUCGGUUUAACCGAUAACCAACCUUCCCGUUUUUUGUUAUAACAGAACCGACCAAACUCCACCCCUAGUUCAAACAUUUAUAAAUUAUAUAAAAUCUCAUCUACAUAUGGACAAUAUUACACCAACAUAACAAUAAGUAUUUGGACCAACAUAUAAUGAAAAUUCAAACCCACUCAUAUAACAUAAAUAUUCAAAUGUUCAAUUUAGAAUUCCGAAAGUAAUGUUAAGCAAAGGGAAAAACCAAAACAGAGGCACGAUUCACAAACAAAAGAGAAAAAUGACACUGUGUUACCUCCAACCCAAGAGUCUUGUAGCGGGUGGACCCGGUGGGUGUGUGGUGUCCGUUUUAUUCACUUGGUUCGGAUUAACAUGGGUUGGCAACCUUAUCAAACCCCCUUAUUGAAAUGAAAAAAAAAUGGGAAACCAAAAUUUUAAAAGUAGGCACAUCGAUAUUGGGAGAUAUAUUUUUACUUCAAGAACCAACUCUAUCCCAAAAAUUUAAAAGUACGCCUUUGUUUCAAAUGCAUACAUCUCAUCCCCCUCUUGCAAAUCGAUUAAAGCUUCAUCGCACUACAAGAAACUGCACUUUCUGCGACGAAUUCUACAGCGACGCAAGAAAAUUCGUCGCAGAAAGUGUACAAUUUGCAACGAAUUUCACUUUUUCGUUGCAAAUGGUGUGAAAUCUUUUUGUGAGGAUAGUCUGUCGUCGCAGAAUGUAUGUACACUUUCUACGACGGUAGCCCGUCGUCGCAGAAUGUUCGGGAGUUUUCUGCGACGGUUAUCUAUCGUCGCAGAAUGUUUGUAGACUUUCUGCGAUGAUUUCCUGUCGUCGCAGAAUGUAUGUAGAUUUUCUGCGGCGAUAGCCGUCAUCGCAGAAUGUUAGAGAGCUUUCUGGACGAUAGCCUAUCGUCGCAUAAUGUAUAUAGACUUUCUGUGACGAUGGCCCGUCGUUGCAGAAUGUAUGUAGACUUUCUGCGACGAUCGUCCAUCGUCGUAGAAUGUAUGUAGAUUUUUUGCAACGAUAGCCCGUUGUCGCAAAAUGUUUGGGAGCUUUCUGCGACGAUGGCCUAUCGUCGCAGAAUGUUCGAGAAUUUAUGAGACCUUUUGUAGUCAUUGUAUAAUGCUUCAUGAAAUUUUAUAUUUGGACUUAAUUAUCUAUCAUAAGGCUUAUAUUUGGACUUAAUUUUACAUUUUAUAUUUGGAGCUAAGAAUUUUCCAGGAUAAUUGGAAUUGGUUUUAACCGAAGGAUUUGAAGUGCUUUGAUAAAUUUUAUGAUUUGGGUAAAUACUAUUUUUUAGCCAAACAUUUUCCCCAUUCCAAAUUAAUAGCCAAUGUAACAUCCAGAACCUCGGAUAAUUUUUUUUUAAGUGGCGGACGUAUGUUGCACGAUUCGAGACUGGAAAAAAUCGAGAAGUUAUCCUAUACGAGGUAGGAUCAACCAAACCACUUGAAAACUCCCCAAAACAUCAAAAAGUGCAACAAAAAAAUAAACUGCUUGCUAUACGAAUUGAACCUCUGACCUGUUAGAUAGAAAGGAAGGGUUCAGCAAUGUAACAAAUAGACUACGUUGGUUUCCGUGAUAGAAAAGGAGCCGAGUCAUUAAUGUGCUAAUGACGUAGGCAUUGCACCAGCAGCUAGCUUGUUUAUGGAGCCGGCUUUGGAACUUGAGUUUCUUCCUUUCAAAGCUACUGCUCCUUAUAAGGCCGCCCCAGGCCUUUACUCCAUCUGCUGGAAAGUAAAUGAAGAGGUAAGAGCAUGAAUCAAAGAGCUCUAUAAUACCGGUAAGCUAGCUCUCCAUUUUUGCCUUCGUACAAACACCAAGAAGAGAAAAGAAAAGUUUCACUGUAAAAAUUUUUAGGAGCCAACCUCUGGAAUUUUAGAACUUAAUUCCCGACUUGGAAUCGGCUAAAUUAAGGUGUGUGGGGAUUAGGAGGACCUUAAUUAUUACAUCAAUUAUUUAUGCUUGAUUUACAUAUUUGGAUGGAUGGAUUACUGUGGGUGAUAAAUUAUUUGUUGAUAUGAUGAUUUGGUGAUUAUUCUUGAUUGUUAUGGAUUUUACGGUGUAAAUAUCGGUAUUUGACAAGUUUCACCGUAAAAAUGGAUAGUUAGGUUUAUUGAGUUUAAAACUGAUCUAAGAGAUUUUUGUUUGAAUAAAAUGAUGUUGGGGCAGAUUGAACAGAGAUUUCACUUGAAAAUGGUUUCCGGAUUAAAAACUGCAUAACAGUGAAUUUUACGAAAAGCUCGGUAAAAACGUGUUUUAUUUAUCUUUAAGAUUUGGAUCACUUUAAAAUGGUCAGUAUGGAUUGUUAAAUGGAAUGUUCUCUGGAAAGGUUAAAUUAGACAGUUGGUGGAGUUUUUAUCUUUAAAAUGGUAAAAAUGAGCUUAAUACGAGAUUUGCGGUAAAGAACGAGUGUAAUAUUAUUUUCAUGGUUUUGAGCUGUUGAAAAAUAUAAAAACUAGACAGACCUGUUUAGGAUGAUAAAUGGAGGUUCUUGGAUUUUUGGGAGAUUUUCGGAUUUACAGUUUUGUGGGAAUUUAAGUUACCGUAAAAUAAUGGUUAAUACGAGAUUUUUGAUAUUUUAUUGUCUAAAUUUAUUUUUAUGACCAGAACUAGAAUAAAUGGAUUUUUAUGUCAAUAAAUUCAUUUACAUGAAUUGUGUGAGGAUUUUAAUGAAGGAAAGUGAAUUUUGAGAUAAGGAUAUUUUUAACUGCAACCGGGUUAUUUAUAAUUAUUUGCGUUGGCGCUAUUUCGUGAAAUUGUUGAUGAAUUUUGGAUGAGGAAUGGUGACAUGGUACUGCUGAGUAGCUUUACUGGAGAAUGAAAUUAUUUAUGUGAAACUUUGAGUUGAUAAUCGACGGGAAAUAUACAUAUGGACUGGUUAAUCCGUGAGACUACAUUGAUUCCAGAUUGUUUGUGACGGAUGAGAAAAAUGGAAAUGGUUUGAUUCGUGAUCAUAUUAAUUCACGUAGAUGUAGAAAGGGCCUGCACUUACCCUCACCCCUUGAGAGUGGGUAGAUUUAGCUCGCUUAUGCGAUUGAGUGUUGUGGUUGCAUGAGCUCCACGGAUGAGUGUUGUGGUUAAAAACCACGGAUUGAGUGUUGUGGUUGCAUGAGCAUCACGGAUGAUGAUUUGCUCGAGCGAGGGUAAGUGUAUGGAACACUGUUCUGUCAUGGAUACCUAGGAUUUCUGCUUUGAGUGUUUUCAAUAAUAACCCACAUUUGUAAAAUUCAAUAAGUGGGUUGGGGAUCGAAUAAUGAGUUUGUAUGAUAACGGUUUAUGUUUGUGUUUAAUAAUCGGAGAUGAUGUUUGAGAUGAUUGAGUUCAACCAGUAACACCAAGGAUUUGGUUGCGCGGUUGAACCAUGGGUUCAACCAUAGAGUUUCUGGGUGGGGUGUUACAGCCAAGCCUUUCGAAAUCUUAAUAAUUAGCCAAUCGUUAAGUCUCCAUUAAUAAUUUCGUUAAAUGAUGAUGAGCUGGCGAAUAUUGUGCUGACUUGAAUCUUAGAUGGCCAACUGAAGUGUAGGAAAGAUGGCAGUGAUAGACUGGUGGUGAUGAUUAUCCGCAUCUGCGCUACAAGUUUGGUUAUUAUUAUUUCUUUUAUUUUUUUUAUUUAAAUGAUAAGUAAAAAUAUACUAAUGUGGAUGCUGAGGUGGAUUGUUGGUUAACGGUGCUAUUGACGGUUACAUAUGAGUGGCUAAAAUUUAGACAUGUAUAAAAGGUUUGACUAUUAUUUUGUAGGGUUAAUACCUUAGUUUGGCCCGAACUAUAGACAAACUUUCUACUUUGGCCCGUGGUAUCGGAAAUUGCUAUUCUAGCCUAAACUAUGUAGCAUACUUUCUUAUUUGGCCCGGAGGUGGGUUUGACCGUCAAAUUAGACGGUCAACUCGGUUGACCGUUAGUCAAAGUCCACCUCACUUGCCACGUCAGCUAUCAAGGAAUAAAAAAUUAUUAUUUUUUUCAAUUUUUUAGUUUUGUUUACUUUCUAAAAUUAAAUAAAAAUAAUUUGGGGAGCUUUUUAAUAAUUUUUUUGUUUAUUAUUUUUAUUAUUAGAAAGUAAAAAAAAUUCAAAAUACAAAAUUAAUUUUUUAUUCCCUAAUAGCUGAUGUGGCAAGUGAGGUGGACCUUGACUAACGAUCAACUCGGUUGACCGUCUAAUUUGACGGUCAAACCCGACUACGGGCCAAAUAAGAAAGUAUGCUACAUAGUUUAGGCCAGAAUAGCAAUUUCCGAUACCACGGGCCAAAGUAGAAAGUUUGUCUAUAGUUCGAGCCAAACUAAGGUAUUAACCCUACAAAAUAAUAACCAAACCUUUUAUACAUGUCUAAAUUUUAGCCACUCAUAUGUAACCGUCAAUAACACCGUUAACCAACAAUCCACCUCAGCAUCCACAUUAAGUAUAUUUUUACUUAUCAUUUAAAUAAAAACAAUAAAGAGACGGUUAGUAUAUAAAGGAAGUGGGAGAGUGCUAGAAAACCCUAGCCGCCCAAACUCAUUCUAUUCCUUCUCUCUUUUUCCUCUCUCUCGUAUUCUCUAUUUCUCUCCCAAAUCGACAGCCCGACUGUGUUCUUCUCGACGGCGGUGGAAGAAAGAUACAGUGGGAGAAAUAAUGAAAGGGGUCACCGGUG